AUGUUGUCGACUUCAAUGCUUUUGUUCCUUUGUUUCAUAGGUAUUGUUCUGCUCGGAGGAGUAAAGCCGAGCCAUGGUCUAGUUCGUAACUAUACGUUUGAACUGACAAACUCUGCACACUCUAGACUUUGCACAAACAAGACCAUGCUAACGAUAAACGGACAGUUCCCGGGGCCGACUAUAUAUGCUAGAAGGGGAGAUUUGGUCAACGUGGUUGUCAUUAAUAGUGCGGACCAUAAUAUAACCAUCCACUGGCAUGGAGUGAAAAUGCCGAGAUAUCCAUGGUCGGAUGGGCCAGAGUUCGUGACACAAUGCCCUAUUAGCCCUGGCACGAGGUUCAACCAACGGAUUGUGUUGUCGGACGAGGAAGGUACAUUGUGGUGGCACGCACAUAGUGAUUGGUCUCGCAAUUCUGUUUAUGGCGCGCUCAUUAUUCUGCCCCCGAGGGGAGAGAGUUAUCCUUUUCGCAAGCCUUAUCAUGAAGUUCCCAUCUUACUAGGAGAUUGGUUUAAUCGGGAUGUACAAGAAAUUAUGGAGGAGUUCCUUGCUAGUGGAGGCGAUCCAGAAGUUUCGGAUUCUUUUCUCAUCAAUGGCCAACCUGGGGACUUGCAUCCAUGCUCGAAACAAGAUAUAUUCAGGUUGAAGGUGGAGAGCGGAAAGACCUACCUCCUGCGCAUCGUAAACGCAGUAAUGAACAACAUCAUGUUCUUCAAAAUAGCCAACCACAACGUCACCGUGGUCGGCACUGACGCCGCCUACACGAAGCCCCUGACGAGCGACUACAUCGCGAUAUCCCCCGGCCAGACCAUCGACCUCCUCCUCGUCGCCAACCAGCCCCCAAGCCACUACUACAUGGCCUCAAGAGCCUACGCCACCGGCACGAACUUCGACAGCACCAACACCACUGCCAUCCUCGAGUACGCCGGCAACUACACCCCUCCCGCCUCCCCGGCCUUCCCCUCGUUCCCGCCUUUCGACAGCACCGCCGCGUCCCACAACUUCACCACCCAAUUAAGAAGCCUAGCAAGCCAGAAAUACCCGGUCGACGUCCCCAAGAACGUUACCGACACCCUCUUCUUCACCCUCUCCAUGAAUCUCCGGCCCUGCGCGAACGAUUCCUGCGCAGGGCCGAACUCGGAGAGGCUGCUGGCGAGCGUCAACAACGUGACGCUCCAGCUGCCGAGGACAGACUUUCUUCAAGCUUAUUAUGGAAACAUCAACGGCGUUUACACCACUGAUUUCCCAGACAACCCGCCUUUCCCCUUCAACUACACCGGAGAUUGGAACUUAACUAGCCCUCUGUUACGGCCGCAGAAUGGAACUUCCGUCAACGUUCUCGACUUCAACGCCACCGUGGAGCUCGUGUUCCAAGGCACAAGUUUCGUUGGAGGAAUAGGCCACCCCAUGCAUCUGCACGGAUACAGCUUCUACGUAGUCGGGUCCGGGUUCGGGAACUUCAACUGGACCCGGGAUCCGCUCAACUACAACCUCGUCGACCCGCCUUUGAUGGAGACCAUCGCUGUGCCGAGAAAUGGAUGGACUGCUAUUAGGUUUAAGGCUAAUAAUCCAGGGGUGUGGUUCAUGCACUGCCAUUUCGAGCGACACGUGAGUUGGGGAAUGGGGAUGGUCUUCAUUGUGAAAGACGGGCCGGGGCUCGACGAGAAGAUGUUGCCGCCGCCACCGGAUAUGCCACUCUGCUAAUCUUAAUGGUGAUCUGAAGAGUCGGGAUUUAUAUUAUUUAUAUAUAUUUUUGUAUUUUGGGACGACCUGUAAACAAAGUCGGCGAACUAGUAGUAAAUAAGUUGAU